ACAACAAACAACGCGACUAAAAUUAGUAGCGCACACGAAUUUCAGAAUCAGUACGAACUGAAUUAUCGCGCCAGCAGGAACGAAGCGGAGCUAGUCGCAGAAACGGUUGUUUGUGCAGUGGAUGAAAAGAAGUUGCAAAAAAUAAAAUAAAUAUUUGUAUCUACAUAGAUACAUAAAAUAAGCAGCCGUGUAAACAAGUGCAGUUGCUUGUAAAAUAUAUUUAUAUACCACAAAAAAAAAACAUACAAAAAACAAAAAAAAUAUUUUCAGACAGCCUUUUGUGCAAAUACAUAAUUAAACAAAUAAAAUGGAGUUCAACAAUCGUCUGUUGCUGAAAAUCAUUGAGCUGGGCAUCGCGAUCGCCUGCAUUGUGCUAUGGGAGACCUCUGGCGACCUCUCCUCAAGACCGCUGAUUGUUUGCGGUACUUUGGGAGGUUUCACUAUCAUUUGCGGUGUACUGCUGAUUGGACACAUACUCAACUCGAUUGUGGAGAAGCGUCUUAAUGCGCUCAUCUCGAUUAUUGGAUGCGUUCUCUUCGUGAUUUCCGGUGCCCUUAUCAUCGAUGAAUGGCAUGAUAACUCGAACUUCCUGGUCAAGGAACGCAAGCGAAAUGCACUCGCAGCUGGUUCGUUGAUGAUCAUCAAUGGUGCAGUCUUCUUGUUGGAUACACUCUCUAUUUGCCGAACGUAAAUGUCACACAACAAUUUGUCUGAUAAAAUAUGUAAUACUUUUGCAUAAACAUACAUAUUUACAUGCAUACCUACAUAUAUGUAAAUGUUGCCGUACAGAGUAACACAAAUACACAUUUUACAUAGAUUAUAAAUGUACAUGUCUACAUAACCACAUAAAUUCUUAUACACACUUUCACACUCAAUUGUUAUUAUAUAUACUCGCAUACUACAUAUUUAUUGAGCAAAAAAAGAAGAAAUUCUUAUAAAAAAUCUCCUUGCGAAAAAUGUACUGGUAUCGCUUUUGUGUCUGUCUUAUUAGAAUUGAAUGCUUUUAUAUAAAUGCAUACCUCCAUACAAUACACAAGCUGCGUUUUUUAAAUUUACUACACUGAGAAAAAAAAAGAAGUUUAUUUACGACAAUUACAAGUUAUCAAAUCUUGUGUUGAGAGAAACAUAUUUAGCUGAAUGUUUUCUCAGUGUGGCGAGCAAGGAAAACUACGAGUUUAGCUUCACAACUCAGUGAAGUAAAACACAAAUUUUAAAGGAGAAAUGGAGUUUCGAAAA